UGGCCAUUCACUUUCCAUGUUACGGGAAGGCCAUAGUGUCUCAGAUACAGGGUUCGAGUCGCAGAGAGAGCAUGCACCACAUGCUGUAGUGAGACUGCAUGUGAUGGAGACAAAAAAAAUUAGUCACGGAUAAAUAGUUUAAAUCAGAGAUUAUGGCUUGCACCGUAUGGGAUUUUAUUCUAUAAGUAACUAAUUCUUUUUCUGGGCCUCUUGUCGGAAAGUAUAUACUUUUUUUGGGAUCACAGUCACCAUUGAGUCCUUUUUUUAGGACUUGUUGGUGCCUGUUUUUAGUCAGCAAGAUUUUUCUGAUAAUUGAAUUUUGGAAUUUUGUUUUUAUUUCAAUUUGUGGGGAUGGGAGUCCACAAUGGCUCGGCCACGAGGAGAUACAGUAGAUGUUGAGGGGUAGGUGGAGAGGGACUCAAAGAUGUAUAAAUAAGGGGGGGUAUUAACACUGAGCAAUUUGAAAUAACGAAAACAAUGGGGAAGAUGGGUUUAGAGGAUGCAGCAGGACCUUAUGUGGGUCUCUUGAACAAUGAAGAUAGCAGAAAGAAAUCAAAGAGGACUCAUUUAUCUUUGGUUGUUCUGUCUAUUGUGUUAAUUGCUGCAUGUCUGGCUAUUUUAAACAGAAAAACCCAGUUAGAACCAAAAGAAGAAGAGGAACAAAUACCAGAGAAUUUAGUAUAUACUAUUUCAAGAGGACCUGCUGACGGGGUCUCAGAAAAAAGUGUAAGAAUUCCAUUCUCGUCUUCUCCAUACCCGUGGACCAAUGCAGAGCUCAAAUGGCAGAGGACUGGAUUUCAUUUCCAACCUGAGAAGAAUUGGAUGAACGAUCCGGACGGGCCACUCGUUUAUAAGGGAUGGUAUCACUUGUUCUAUCAGUAUAACCCAGACUCGGCAAUAUGGGGGAACAUAACAUGGGGGCAUGCGAUCUCCAGGGACCUGGUUCACUGGUAUUAUCUGGAAUUGGCCAUGGUUCCAGAUCAUUGGUAUGACAUUAAUGGGGUCUGGACAGGCUCUGCUACGUUUUUGCAGGAUGGUAGGCUCGCUAUGCUUUACACUGGAUCCACCAAUGAGUCUGUUCAGGUCCAGAAUCUGGCCUUUCCUGCGGACCCAGAGGACCCUCUGCUACAAAACUGGAUUAAAUCAGAGGCUAAUCCGGUUUUGCUUCCACCCCAGGGGAUUGGUCUGACUGAUUUUAGGGAUCCCACCACAGGUUGGUUAUUAGAAGAUGGUGUUUGGAGAAUUAUCAUAGGAUCCAAGCUGAAUAAAACAGGCGUUGCCCUGAUUUUUAAGACUCAGGAUUUUGUGAAGUACGAGGAGGAGGGAAUUCUGCACCAGGUGUCUGGAACUGGCAUGUGGGAAUGUGUAGAUUUCUAUCCACUUAACGCAUCUGGAACAGCAGUAGGCUUAGACAGUUCUGUAACUGGGCCGGGUGUUAAACAUGUGUUGAAGGCAAGCUUCGAUGAUGACAAGCAUGAUUAUUAUGCAGUUGGAACAUAUGAUGUGGUUAAUCAAACUUUUGUUCCAGAUGAUCCAGAAAUGGAUGUAGGGACUGGGCUUAGAUUGGAUUAUGGAAAGUAUUAUGCCUCCAAGACCUUUUUUGAUUCAGAACGCCAGCGAAGAAUUCUAUGGGGAUGGGUGGGAGAGACCGACAGUGCGCAGGAUGAUCUGUUGAAGGGAUGGGCUUCACUUCAGACGGUUCCAAGAAGUGUCUGGUUUGAUGCCAAGACGAAGGCCAACAUCAUUCAGUGGCCAGUUGAAGAAAUCAGUGAACUUCGUUCAGAUGAGCUUAAGCUAGAGAAUCUUGUGCUCUCACCAGGCUCUGUAAUAGAGAUCAAUAUACCUGAUUCAUCUCAGUUGGACAUUGAGCUUGUUCUCGAAUUCCCAUCGCAAGACACUCUUGCAAAUUUAACGGAAGCAGAUGUAACAACAUACAACUGCAGCACCAGCCAGGGGGCUGCAGGCAGAGGCCCACUGGGUCCUUUCGGGCUACUUGUUCUGGCUGACAAGGACAGAAGGGAACAAACAGCUGUUUAUUUCUACAUUACCAAAGCAUCUGAUGGGGAGUUCAAGACAUUUUUCUGCCAUGAUGAGCUCAGGUCAUCACGUGCAUCUGAUCUCAUCUUGAGAAACUAUGGAAGUUUUGUACCCGUCCUGUUAGACGAAAAAACACUCUCUCUCCGAACGCUGGUUGACCACUCAAUUGUUGAAAGCUUUGCCCAAGGUGGAAGAACAUGCAUUACAUCGAGGGUGUAUCCAACUGUGGCCAUCGAUGGUUCUGCCAAGCUUUUCUUGUUCAACAAUGCCACUACAACUUUAAAAGUAAAGAGCCUCAAUGUGUGGCAGAUGCAGUCAGUGUUAAUGCGUCCCUAUGUAGCGUAGAUUCCUUUGCAUAUAUUUAGAGAAGAUAAUCCGGCUGUUCUAUCAAUCUAAUUGAUGGGUAUGUCAUACAUGUACGAGAAAUUUUCUUGCAUGUGAGCUCUGGAUGCAAAUAUUUGGGCCUUGUAAAACAUGUACUAUGUUUGUCUCUUAUAUGUAUCCUUCUCUCUAUUGUGCCCAGGCUUGGACUAAUAGAUUUCAGGCCUGCCAUAAUCGAAUAUGUACACUUUGAUUUCUAGUUAAUAUGAUGAGGUUAUUUUGUAGAAAAAAAUCUUUCUCUAAUAUAAGAUAUGAUGUUG